AUGGACGAAGAAUCGAUGAUGACUGCUUCCUCGGAGGGGAAUGUCCUAGCUGGACCAUCUAGUCUUAGUGGUCCAUCUAUUGAAAGACCAGAGGGGAUGAGUAAGAAUGCGAUGAAACGAGCAGCGAAGCAGGCAAAGAUGGAAGCUAUGAAACCUCUUAAACGCGCUGCCGAGAAAGCACGCCGUAAAGAACGAGCGGCAGAACUUUCCAAGGGAUACAAGGAUGGUACAUUGUCAGAGAAAGAUAGGGAGAUAUAUGAGAAGAGGAAAAAAUUGGAAAAAGACAGGAAGGCGGAGAAGAAGAAAUUUAGAGAUAAAGAUCAUGAAGGUGAUGAUGUACAAGGGGAAUGUUGGAAUGGUGGGGUGGUUAUUGAUUUGGGUUUCGAUGAGUUGAUGAAUGAGCAGGAAAUCAACUCGAUGUCAUCUCAAAUAGGAUUCUGUUACUCAUCCAAUCGAAUUGCCCCUAAACCCAUUAAAUCGAUAUUACAUACUGGGUUCUCACCUGAAAAAUCACCUCAAUUAUGGACCAAGAUGAUAGAUAGGAAUUGGGAUAGGUGGAGUAGGUCGUAUUGGUGGAAAGAAGAUAUAGACAAUAUUCCAGAUCAAGAAACUGAAACCGAAGACAAGAGUGAUCAAGAUAAAAGCUCACAGCUACAGAGUCACUUGACAGGUCCAAUCCUUCCACCUGGUCUGACUGCAAACAAACACACCUUGAUAUAUCUAAGUGCCGAUGCGGAAGAAGAGUUAGAAACUCUCGACGAAUCUCAUAUAUACAUCAUAGGAGGUAUAGUCGAUAGGAAUCGGUAUAAAAACCUAUGUCAGAACAAGGCUGAGAAGUUGGGAAUAAGGACAGCAAGAUUACCAAUUGGUAAAUUCAUUGAUAAUUUACCUACUAGAAAGGUAUUGACUGUUAAUCAGGUAUUUGAUAUUCUCCUUCAAUAUAUCGCGCAGGGAGAUUGGCAAAAAGCUUUCGAGACUGUUAUACCUCAAAGGAAAUUCCAUGAAUCUAGAAAAGCCAAAUCUGAAUAUAAGAAGAAUGGUAAUGAGGAUGAAGUGAGAGAAGAUGAUGAGCGAGAACGAAGUGAGGACCGAAAUGCGGUGAUCGAAGAAGAAAAUACGAUAAACCAGUAA